AUGGCGAACUCUAGCACGGAUACGCAAGCCUGUGGUGGUGAUCGCGCCCGUCUUCCACUCGAUCAAAACGGUAUGUCCCUGGCCCUUAUCUAUUCCCACGACCCCGCGCAUUGUACACUGCUACAAGGUGACAUUGUGAUUUGCGCCUGCCUAGAACUUGGACUCCUUAUUCUCGCCGUGAUCGGGUCCUUCCACAUGAGCCGUAUGGUGAUCGCUUCCUCCGUCCUACAGCUAGUAUCAGCCCUGUCCAUGAUCAUGGCAAGUGUGGUGGAACACAGUCGCAGCCCUCGACCAUCAAUACUGCUAAACAGCUACUUAUUCCUUACCCUUCUUCUCGAUAUCGCUCGAGCAAGGACUCUCUUCCUGCUGUCAGACCACGGCCCCGAGAUCAUCUACAGCAUUAUAUUUGGUGCAUCGGUCAGGCUGAAGACAGGCAUCCUGGUCCUUGAGGCCUAUCAAAAAGCGAGAUGGGUAACCUGGGACGCAACGAAACACAGCCCCGAAGAGACGAGUGGGAUCCUCCCACUCCUUUCGCUAGGCGUCUUCUUCUGGCUAAAUAAGCUCUUCUUGGCUAGAUAUAGACAGACCUUCACAAUCGAAAGCCUCUAUCCCCUCGACAGUUCCUUCGACGCACAAGCCCUGCACGCGGAGGUCGCGAAGAGAAUGGACUACAAUAAGGUGGAGGAAGAUCAAUUCAGCCUUCUUAAGGUGCUAGUACGUACCUUACGGGUGCACCUACUUUUACCGAUUCCUCCGAGGGCGGUUUUGAUUGCGUUCAAUAUCUACCAAGCCCUUUUCAUCGAGAGUCUCGUCACCUAUCUGUCUCUUUCGCCACAAGAUCCAAAUGUGGGAUAUAGGCUAAUCGGCGCUACCAUACUUAUCUACUCGGGAAUUGGGAUCUCGUAUGCCUUAUCCAGGUACUGCCACCAUCAACUGCGGACGAUGGUCCAUUCUAUACUCGUCACUGAAACUUUCAGAGCCGCCACCAGAAUCCGACUGGGAUUAGGCGAUGAUAGCGCUGCGCUGACACUCAUAAGCACCGACAUGGAGCGCAUUAGGAUGGGUCUCUGCUUCGUGCACGAGACGUUGGCGAGCAUAAUUCAGGCAGGCCUUGCCGCCUGGUUGCUCCAUCGGCAAGUUGGGGUCGUGUUCGUCGCCCCUAUAGGCGUGGUAGUGGUUUACUUCGUUGGCUUAGGUGUCCUGAUCAACUACACCGGUGACUCGCAGCGAUCUUAG